AUGAUUUUGGCAUUCUUUCUGUACGUAGCAUUUCCUGCUUCUGUAGUUCUGGCCUGUGGUCCGGCAACAGGAACACUAGGAAACAAAGCAUUACUGCAUUUCAACUUGGCUCCACCACCUAAGUACACCUAUAGUGAUUCACCAUCACAUGGACAAAUGACAUCCGCCCAAGCUGCAGAAAGUAAUGCCGACAGGGAUCUGCAGUUGGCGACCGUACUUGCAAGUAAAGAUGGAGAAUCCUAUCAGUCUAUGCAGACAAUUCAAGCAUAUGUUAAAUUGAAAUUGGUUAAGAUACUGUCGACACUUGCUGAAAAUGGAAUUAUGGCAGAUACGGUUACACUCAGCUACGAUUACAAAGCUCCUAAAUUGAACUUGGAAACUGGAGAGCAUUGUACAAAACCCAAUACGUAUGUCGUCUAUGACGGUAAGUUACUCUGGAAUCGUAGAGAAGAGCUUACUUUCUCUCAGGAAUAAUUGAUGAAUUCCUUUUGGUCCAUUCGGUAGCUUCUCUGGCAGCCUUACUUACGUCAGUACUGAUGUAUACGACAGAAUAGAGGAGUGCAAUCCUCUACAAAUGUAUAG